UGAACUCAAGCAGCUUAUCAUGACGAGCGGUAAGUACGGCCGUGGCCGAACCCGCGGCCGUCCCAUGGACGAUAUUGUCAUCUCCAACGCCCAGACUGGCGAAGAGGGCAUUGUUUCGAGAACAUCAAUUUACUUGUGAUCGAGAUUUUGUGGUUAUUGAUUCCUAUGUACAUACUGUUUGGGCUACGAAUGGGAAUAGAAUAUGCAGAUGAAAGGGCAAUGGUACUACAGAACACACAUGUGCUGGUCCGCAGAAUUAACAUUCCUGGACAGUUGUCAGAGAAAAUCGUCUUAUCCCCAACGCGGAAAGUCACAGAAGGAUGUUCUGUACCUUCAAGUGAGUCAGUGGUUACUGAUUUAAACUCAAAAUCGUGUUCCUCCAUAGGAGUCCAAGAUGAAGAUGCUGCAAUCACGGCGGUGAUUGACGCGGCUGAACUCAAAUUGGACCAGUACCCAGCUAAAAGAGGACAGGGUAGUGGAAGGUUUACAUCAGGAAGAAACUAUGGGCGGGAAGUGGAGACACCUCCACUGGGGUACGUCUGCCGCUCUUGCGGUGUUCCAGGUCAUUUCAUUCAACAUUGCCCACAGGAAAGCAAGACACCUCCACCUGGAUACAUCUGCUACAGAUGCCGAAUCCCAGGGCAUUUUAUUCACCAUUGCCCCACCAUUGGGGAUCCUAAGUUCAACAAUAAUAAAAUGAGUCGGUCUCUUGCGCCAGUAGUAACUGUAAGUCCUAUCAAUGGCAUUAUGGAAGCACUUGUCCCGGCUGCACCAGUUAGUGCUGUUGAUGACUUGCCAGCAGAGCUCCACUGUCGACUGUGUAAAAAAGUGAUGAUAGAUGCAGCAUUGACAAGCAAGUGCUGUUUUGACAGUUUUUGUGAUAAAUGCAUUCGGGAUUACAUUAUUACAGAGUCGAAGUGCAUUUGUGGAGUCAAGGCGCUAGCAGAUGACCUCAUUCCCAAUCAAACACUUCGGAGCACAAUCAACAAUAUGUUGGGAACAAGAGCUAGCAGCGGUGGAAGUGGCACAACAACGCACAGAAGUUCAUCAGGCAGCAACCCUGAUCCCAGAUUACAGAGCCACACCCCUUCUGAUGCCUCAGAAAGGGUGAUGAAGCAAUCGACAGACCUUGAGCUGUCAGCAGCAUCUGCACCUGAUGAUGGACUCCAGGUUGCCACAGGAGGUGAUCUAAUGAAUCAACCUCAAGAGAAAUUGGCAGCCAAUGUUGAUAUCGUGAGCAAAGACGAAGGCAAUUCCACAGAAGUGUCAGCAGAGAAGACUGUAGCAGGUUCUGUGGUAAUUGAAGUAAAAGAUGGAAGUGGAUCAACAUCAAAGGUCACUACUGUUUCAGGCGCCCUAGAACACAAUGCCACAAGGACAGAUCAACCGAAGAAGAAGCGGAAGAAGGCAGACUCAACAAAGAAUGUUCAACCUAACGAUGUUGGCUAUGGUUACAAUGUUCCAUUUGACCAAGCAUAUUACAACCCUUUCAUCACUGGGUAUUCUUGGUUAACUGAACCUUACAUGUACAGCUCAAUGGGAAUGCCUUACGGUGGUUAUCCAAUGGUCCCAUAUAGUGUAAAUUCCUUCAAUGGCAUGCCACCACAGGCUCCUGGAAUGCCAGGCUAUCCAGCAAGCUAUCAGAGGCCUGAAACUCAGCCCACACAUCACCGGGGCACAGAAGCUGUUGUGUCACAUUCAAGGCAGGCCGAGAGGCCCAAGGACACUCGUGCUCAGCCCCAAUCUACAGAGAACAAGCGCCAACUGGGUUCUCAUGGUUCAGAAUCGAGGAACAGAACCAGGUCAAGCUCCGAGAGAAGGGACCAUGGGCGUUCUGGCAGGGCCUCUGACGACUACCAUGAGGAACAGUCAAGUAGGAAGAGAAUGCGCGAUUCUUCUCCAAUGUAUGGCGACAAACACAGCGGCCGGAGGUCGACACACAGUUCCAGGAGUAUGACUCGUGAGGAGGAUGCAAGCGAUGAUGAGCGCAACUUCAAGAGGAGAUGGGGGUGCAGAUCAUCAGUUGGCGUGGACACAAGGCACUGAAUGAAGAUGUCAACUUGGUUGAGGACCAAGUGGAGGAUUGCUGAUCUGCGAUGCUCUCUAUAGAUUUUCUGUUACUUGUAAUUGUAUGUACGCAUCUGGAAGUCAUGAGAACUUCUGAAAAAAAACCAGAGGAAAACUUGCAGGUUUUCCCCAGCAGACAUGUAAUCAGCUAUUCAUGCACUACCAAUCUGUACUUGAGAGCAUUGCCAGCUCUCGCCUCUGUAAUGCAAUGUCUCCAAAGAUGAAUGGAAUUUCUCU